ACCUGAUGACCUGGCCAGCAUGGUUGUCCUGAAUCCAAUGACUUUGGGAAUUUAUCUCCAACUCUUCUUCUGCUCCAUCAUGUCUCAGCCAACUUUCAUCAACAGUGUCGUCCCAAUCUCAGCAGCCCUUCCUGGCCUGGAUCAGAAGAAGCGGGGCAGCCACAAGGCAUGCUGCCUACUGAUGCCCCCGCCACCCCCACUCUUCCCACCGCCAUUCUUCAGAGGCAGCCGAAGCCCGCUUCUCUCCCCAGACAUGAAGAAUCUUCUGGAACUUGAGGCCUCACCAUCACCCUGUAUUCAAGGCUCGCUCGGCUCUCCUGGGCCCCCUGGGCCCCAGGGUCCACCUGGGCUUCCUGGCAAGACAGGACCAAAGGGAGAAAAGGGGGAUCUUGGCCGCCCAGGAAGGAAGGGUAGACCUGGAGCCCCAGGUGUUCCUGGCAUGCCUGGGCCUGUUGGCUGGCCAGGCCCUGAAGGACCCAGGGGAGAAAAAGGCGACCUGGGUAUGAUGGGCCUGCCAGGGUCAAGAGGACCGAUGGGCUCUAAGGGCUUCCCUGGAUCCAGAGGGGAAAAGGGAUCCAGAGGUGAAAGGGGUGACUUGGGUCCCAAAGGAGAAAAGGGUUUCCCUGGAUUUCCUGGAAUGUUGGGGCAGAAAGGUGAAAUGGGUCCAAAGGGAGAAUCUGGGCUAGCAGGACACCGAGGCCCCACAGGAAGACCAGGGAAACGAGGCAAGCAGGGUCAGAAGGGAGACAGUGGAAUUAUGGGCCCACCAGGCAAGCCUGGGUCUUCUGGUCAACCUGGCCGUCAAGGUCCUCCAGGGCCUCCAGGGCCCCCAGGCCCCCCAUAUGCAGGACAACUUGUAAUGGGACUCAAAGGGGAAAGAGGAUUUCCAGGCCCUCCAGGAAGAUGCCUUUGUGGACCCCCUGUGAAUGUGAAUAACCCCUCCUACGGGGACUCCAUGUAUGGGCGCAGCUCCCCUCGAGUUCCCGCGAUUUUUGUGGUCAACAACCAGGAGGAGCUGGAGAAGCUGAACACCCAGAAUGCCAUUGCCUUUCGAAGAGACCAGCGAUCUUUGUACUUCAAAGAUAGCCUUGGCUGGCUCCCCAUCCAGCUCACCCCUUUCUACCCUGUGGGUUACACCGUAAAGCAGCAUGGCACCUGUGGGGAUGGGGUCCUGCAGCCCGGGGAGGAGUGUGACGAUGGUAAUCCUGACGUGAGUGACGGCUGCAUUGACUGUCAUCGGGCCUACUGUGGAGAUGGUUACCGGCACCAGGGCGUGGAGGACUGUGACGGCUCUGACUUUGGCUACCUGACCUGCGAGACCUAUCUCCCUGGAUCAUACGGAGACCUUCGGUGUACCCAGUACUGCUCCAUCGACUCCACACCCUGCCGAUACUUCACGUGAGAGACUGCAGGAACAGGUGGGCUGCAGCCCAUGGAACCGAUGGCUGUUCUUUACCCUUCACAUCAAGCUGGCCUUGCCCUCUCCUGGGACAGUGCCCAUUGACCUUCAUGUGACAAAACAAGGAUAUAUUCUUGCUGCUACGACAUGCUUUUAACUCAGUAUGACCGGAAGAGUUUUGGACCACUGAAUCCUGUCUUAAUUUAAAGAACCAGGAACCUUCUAUGUGCCCACCCUAGAAACUGCUCCCCCUCCCCCAAUCUGGCUAAACAGCUGGCUGUAAUGCCUUAUCUCUUCUGGAAAGAUGCUGGCUCAGGCCAUGGAUUUGGCUUAGUACUGUUAAGCAUACAGGUAUCUACAGGCCUGGUGUGGUUUGUUCUGGUCUCAUCCAGGUUUAGGGGUGCUCAUGCCCAGGCUUCUGCACCUCCAAGCACACCUAUUCUGACCCAAGGCAGCCAGCUGUUGGGUCUCUCAAGAUUUAAAAACCACAAAACAGGAGGUGAGCAUAUUCUCUUGGUGCAGCUCCCAACUUCAGACCUGCUGAGGGACCCUUCAACUGGCCACAGCCUGGGUCAACUUCAUGUUGAUCUGUCAGAGGUACUGAGAAAGCCACGAGGUCCAAGCUUAGUCCCAAGAAGAGGAUGAAGACUCAACUGAGUCACUUGCCAUGUGACCCCUACCAGAACAGAAACCUUCUUCCUCUUGAAGUUCUCCAAGGGUGCCAUCUUGACCUUGUGACUCUCUCUGCAUCUUGACCUCUGUCUUGACAGUGCCCUUCACAACUGUGUCCUGUGUGGGAGACACAUCCCAAACAUCCUCACAAGGGCAUGUGCUGAUAUUUCCUCAUGCUGGCUUCCCUGGUUUGGGUCUCCACAGCUGAGUCAUUGUUGGCUGCAGGAAGGGCCCUGUGACCCUCUUCCAUGCACAUCUUGCAUACCCCUUGUUCCCUCAUUGUGUGCCCAACCUCUUCCUUUUUCCUGGGAUUCUUUUUCCUAAACCCUGCAUAUCUGAUAACUGCCUUUCCCAUAAUUCCUGAAUGGGGUUUGGCUCUAUUUGGGGAAAACAUUGCUUUUUGUCCCCCUCCCCAAUACUCACACCUGCCUUGCCACUACAUAGGCUGCCUCUGGGCUGUUCAAAGCUCUUCAGUGAGCCUAAGUCUUGGGAACUCAGCAGGUGGCACCUUCUCACCCAGCAAGUCAGAGCUGUGAACUGUAUUUCCUGAGAGAAAUCAGCCUGAGGCUGUCUUCACAGGCAGACAUCUAUGCUAUUUACUCUUCUGGAGCUUCCGGGUGGGCAAACAAGGAAUAAAGGUGAUUCUUGGCUGUGGCCCACUC